CCAAUUUUGAAUUUUGGGUGUUUGUUUUGGCAUUUGCCGCACUUCCAGCCAGCCACGGAGAUACACACACGCCGCUCUCACCAGAUCCUCAUCCCCAUCCUUGCCACCCAUCCUUGUUGCCAGCCAAAGACGCAGCGAAGCACGCCACCAUGUCGACCGUGAGUUCCAGCUACGUACAGAACGAGAACAUCUCCCCAGUGGUGCUGAGGAGGGUAACAAAGGAGGUUGUGAAGCUCACCAAGAACCCACCGGAGGGCAUCAAAGUGCACAUUGACGAGGCAAACAUCACAGACAUCCAAGCAACCAUCUACGGCCCAGACUCCACACCGUAUGAGGGGGGCGUGUUCAGGGUGCGCUUGUCGCUGCCAUCUGACUUUCCGCAGUCGCCCCCAAAGGGCCAUUUCCUCACCAAGAUUUUCCACCCCAACGUUGCGGAAGCUGGCGAUAUCUGCGUCAACACACUGAAGCGAGACUGGACACCAGACAACACACUGGAGCACGUGCUCACCAUCAUCAAGUGUCUCCUGAUUCACCCCAACCCUGCAUCUGCCCUCAACGAGGACGCCGGCAAGCUGCUACUGGAGGACUACGAGGGCUUUGCCAAGCGAGCCAAGAUGAUGACACAGAUCUACGCCAAGCCAACAGCAAAGGAUGCAGCAGACCAACCAGCCGCGUCUUCAUCGUCUUCAUCUUCCUCCGCAUCCGGCCCUGGCGACGCGAAGAAGAAGCCGAAGAAGAAGGCGGACAAGAAGAAGAAGGCGCUUAAGCGAUUGUAAUCAACACCCCACCUUGUGUUUCUCCCCUCCACAUCAUGUCCAUGUCACACGUGAACAAACGCGCGCACGCAACCGUGUACAACACAUACACAUGUGUGCGCAUCACGCAUUGUGCUGAGAUGUUUUGUUCGCUCUGGUCUUCCUUUUGUCCCCUCUUGCCUAUCUCUUGCUUGUCUCGCGCUUCCCUCCUUUCCUUUGUGACAUGAAUGAUGAUGAAGGGAUGUUUGUGUUGAUUAGCACAGCACCACAUACACGCACAUGCACGCGCACGCGUACGCUGACUGCGUGGCCAAUUGCCCUUUCGUGCUUGGUUGUGGCUGCCUCUUCCUUCUUGCCUUGUUGCCUUGUUGUUUGCUUGCUUCACUUGUGGAUAGUGCCCGCUCUUCUUGCUUGCGGGGGUGUUGUUGAUAGUUGUGUUGAUGACGAUGAUGAUGGGUUUUGAUUGCUCAGACAGCGUGGUGCGAUAAACGGAAUGAAACCGAG